AUGGCACAAUUUUCACCACUCUCUGUACAGGAACAGACCUCUGAAGUGUUUGGAAAAAUAAUUCCAACCACAAUGACCACUGAUAACCAUGGUUACAGCAUAAGAAUAGCACAGGGAUUGUUAGAAGCUACCUUGUCUCCUGUACAAGAGAAAUCACCAGAAGCUGGAUCCUCUCCUCCAGUCAAACAGCUGCUUGAUGAACCAGAGACUGUCACCACCAUAGACACUGAGUAUGAAUACCUUUACAAUGUGGCCUGUCUGAGUGAGGAAAAAAUAUGGACAAGUGGAGGGAACGGCAUCAUGAAACUCUACAGCAUCAAUAAGGGAUCACUACUCAAGUCAAUCACAACCGAGUCAGGGAACAGACCAGAGGACAUAGCUGUGACAACAAGCGGAGAUCUAGUUUAUACUGAUCCAGAUGAUAGAACUGUGAACAUUGUGAAGAAUGAGAAGAUAGAGGAGGUGAUCAAACUACAGAACUGGGGACCUCGCAAUGUCUGUAGUACCUCCUCUGGUGACCUCCUGGUUACCAUGUACACUGGACAUACUCCUGCUCCAAAGAACAAACCAUUCAAUCCAAGAGGAAUCACCACAGACAGUCAGAGUCACAUCCUUAUAGCUGAUGAUAACAUUGACUGUGUCCACAUCAUAGAUCAGGAUGGACAGUUCCUGCGUUAUAUAGACUGUGGACUGAGUAAACCCUGGGGACUGUGUACAGAUACAAAUGACAAUCUGUUUGUUGCUCAAAAUGGAAAUGGACAAGUGAAGAAAAUUAGAAUAUCUAAAGUGAACACUUAA